CGGUUGAAAGGGGGAAGCUCAGCGAGUGAGUGUUCUCUCUGGGCCUUCGCUUUUCUUUUGGUUUCUGAAAAUGGCCGCCGAUAACAAAUCCAAGGCCUCUUCCGUAUCCAAUAAUUCCACCACCUCCAAGAAGAGGAAGCAACGCUAUCGUCCACAUAACAAACCAGUGAAGAAGAAGGGUCAGUACCCAUUACAUCCAGGAGUUCAAGGCUUCUUCAUUACCUGUGACGGUGGCAGGGAACACCAAGCUUCUCGUGAGGCUAUUAAUGUUAUAGACUCUUUUUAUGAAGAAUUAGUCAGUGGGAAUGAUUCAGGCAUAAAACUUGCAGAGCUACCCAGGAAACCUUUAAAUACAAAAAUUAAGUUCUCAUAUUCUGAUUCGUCUAGUAGCGAUGAGGAUGAGGAUGAUGAUGACAAGCAGGAGGAGGAGGACAAAGAAGACAAUAAAUCUGCUAGUCACAAAUUGGGUGAUGCGAGUAAUGGUGAAGCCAGGACUGAGACAUUAGAUUCUCAUAAAAAUAAUGAUGAUGUCUGCCCUGAAAAUUAUACAGCAGUAGAACCUAAUGACAACAAAGAGGUCAGUGAAAGUCUUGAAAAUCAAGCAAAUGAAGCUGAGGAUCCACCAGCGAAGAAACAAUGUAUAGAAACAUAUGUGUCAAAACCUGUGAUCCCGAAUAAAGUGGAAGAGAAGUCAGUAGAUAAGCUAAUUGAUGCUGAGAUCAAAGAGCUGGGAGAUACUAACAAGAGGCGCUUCGGCAAGCUUGAUUCGGGAUGUAAUGGUGUUGUCUUUGUUCAAAUGAGGAAAGAAGAUGGGGACCCUGGACCCAAGGAUAUUGUGCAACAUAUUAUGACAUCGGCUGCUGCAACAAGAAAACAUAUGUCAAGGUUUAUCUUAAGAGUCUUACCUGUUGAAGUAGCAUGCUAUGCUUCAGAAGAGGAGAUUACAAAAGCAAUCGCACCUCUUGUGGCACAGUAUUUUCCUGUGGAAACUGAGAAUCCAAUAAAGUUUGCAGUAUUGUAUGAAGCCCGUGCAAAUACUGGUAUUGACAGGAUGAAGAUUAUAAAUGCAGUAGCAAAAUCUGUUCCUGGACCACAUAAAGUUGACCUUAACAAUCCUGAUAAAACCAUUGUAGUUGAAAUUGUUAGGACUGUGUGCUUGAUCGGGGUUGUUGAAAAGUACAAGGAGUUGGCCAAGUACAAUCUUAGGCAGUUGACAUCAGCAAAGCCUUGAAGGACCUUGUUAUGUCUUAAUUUGUGUUUGAAAAGUAUGACAGAUAUUAUGUAUGCUUUUCUCAAGUUUGUGCUGUACUCCCACUUAAAGGUUGUUUCAGAAUGAGAGUCAUCUUUAAAAUAUUUUAAGUUAGUUUAUCGUA